AUGAUAUUGUAUUCUAUACAAUUUUCAGGGUUUCUUCCUUCUCUCCUUUUGUAUUUUGGCUGUUCUUCCUAUGAUAUCAACAGCGAAGUUUGCAUUGAAAGGCUCUUUGGUUUUGUAUCAAAAGCGUGCAGGUUUACAUUAAAAGAUGCAAAAGAUUGGCUUGAAUCAGCUGAUUGCCCUAAAGAAUGCCAUGUAAUAAUCAGCAACUUAAGCGGUACUAAAUGGUUUUCUUACGGAACGUUCUACACAGCCGUCUAUGAACUGAGAUCAAUAGAUCUUUGUUUCAAUGGUUUGAGUGAGAGUUUGAAGACAAUCAACAUAAGCUGCGAACGUUCAUUUGCAGAUAGUAGAAGUAUGACAGUUAUUUGCAAAUCAGGGUUUGAAAAUGCAAAAGAUUUGUGCACAUCAACUAAAAAGUGUGAAGAUGAAACUAAGACGUGCUUGUUGAAAGGACAGAUCGGUGUUUGUGUAUGCAAUCCUGGGUAUAUAGGAUUUAAAAACGAAUGUUUAGAAGGAAAUUUGACACUGAAUGGAACCUGCAAACGAAAUGAGCAGUGUUCUAUGGUAUUUGGCUCAGUUUGUCAGAAUAACACAUGUGUUUGUGGACUUGGGUAUAAAUCAUUGAAUGAUUCAAAAUAUUUGU